AUGGAAGCGCAGCGGCUGGGCAGGCUGCAGGCUCCAUCACGGGCCCGGGGGCCGGGGGGCAGCCCCGGGCGGCUGCAGAAGCGGCACGCGCGCGUCACCGUCAAGUAUGACCGGCAAGGGCUGCAGCGGCUGCUGGACGUGGAGAAGUGGAUCGACGGGCGCUUGGAGGAGCUGUACCACGGCAGGGAGGCAGACAUGCCCGAUGAGGUCAACAUCGAUGAAUUGUUGGAAUUAGAGAGUGAAGAAGAGAGAAGCCGGAAAAUCCAGGGACUCCUAAAGUCGUGCACGAACCCCACAGAGGACUUCAUCCAGGAGCUGCUGGCGAAGCUGCGAGGCCUCCACAAGCAGCCAGGCCUCCGUCAGCCCAGCCCCUCCGGCAACCGCAGCCUGAGCCCCCGCCAGGGCCGAGCCCGGACCGCGCCACCCUGA